AUGAUCUCUUGCUUGACACAACUUCUAAUUCACACUCAAAGGACCAGAAAACUCUGCAAGUUCCACCACAACCACAGAUUGUUCAGCAGCAACCUUCUCCUUCGACCUGUCAGCACAACAUCUUCAAACAGUAAUAACGGAACGGGCAAGGCACGUAUCCGUUGGACGCAUGAGCUUCAUGAGGCUUUUGUUGAAGCUGUCAACAGUCUUGGUGGCAGUGAAAGAGCUACUCCUAAAGGUGUACUAAAUAUUAUGAAAGUUGAAGGCUUGACUAUAUAUCAUGUCAAAAGUCAUUUGAAGAAGUAUAGGACGGCUAGAUACAGGCCAGAACCAUCAGAAAGUGAAAAUGUGACAGUCCAUGGACCUAUGACACAGUCUCAGUUCUUUGGCUCGCUUGGAAUAAACUUCAGAGUUGAUGCGCUGAUAAAGAACUGCGGCGAUGAGCAAGCUGAGUCCUUGAGGUCAGGAUACUGA